AAAGGUUUAUUGACAAACACGGCAAACCAAUGUUUCGACGAAGUCCAACUUUCAGCGUCCGCAACAUUACAGAAAUCAUGCAAACGCUUCCAAACACCCCCAUCGUAUAAUAAUGAUGGUGCAGUCUGUCAACUUGAAAUGGCUCAGUUUCAAGGGCAGUUAUUUACUAGCGCGUGCACACGGUUCUGGUUACCUGCUGAGGUCCAUUCGAAACAUGCUGAGCAGACUUGGGCAAAUACGCAGGUGCGCAGCCAGCCUCAGCCAAAGCAUUAACCAGAUAGCUGCAUCAAGGCAGAAGCACACCCUUCCUCACCUGACCUAUGAUUAUGGAGCCCUGGAGCCUCACAUCUGUGCAGAGAUAAUGCAGCUGCACCACAGCAAACAUCAUGCUACCUAUGUCAAUAACCUCAAUGUUACAGAGGAGAAGUAUCAAGAGGCUCUUGCAAAGGGAGAUGUCACUGCACAGGUAGCCCUCCAGCCUGCUUUGAAGUUUAACGGGGGAGGCCACAUUAACCACACCAUCUUCUGGACAAAUCUUUCUCCUAAUGGUGGAGGCGAGCCACAAGGAGAGCUUAUGGAGGCCAUCAAACGGGACUUUGGCUCUUUCCAGAAGAUGAAGGAAAAGAUGUCUGCUGCUACGGUGGCAGUGCAGGGCUCGGGCUGGGGAUGGCUGGGUUACGACAAGGAGAGUGGAAGACUUCACAUUGCUGCUUGUGCAAAUCAAGAUCCCCUGCAGGGGACAACAGGUCUCAUCCCCCUCCUCGGCAUUGACGUAUGGGAGCACGCCUAUUAUCUUCAGUACAAAAAUGUGCGCCCUGACUACGUCAAAGCUAUCUGGAAUGUAAUCAACUGGGAGAAUGUGAGCGAUCGUCUCCAGAUUGCCAAAAAGUAGAAACCCCCCUAACACCUUUCACAAUGACUUGAAUCAAGGAGUAGUUGUGAAUAUCAUUUUGUUUUAAACACAUUUGAAGCCUAAACCUUCAAAUUUGAUCAAAGCAGAUCAAAAUUAUCUUUAAAACACGUGUAUUUUCUUUGAGUGGCAUAAAUGUACAGGUCGAAGUUAUGUACAAAUACUUCUUGGUUCAGGAUGGCUCAAAACACACAAAAAUGCCACUUUAUCAAAGCUGGCUUUUGCUCAUGUCCAAAUAAAGGCAUGUAUGGAAGAACUGCAUCGCUGUCAUCGCAGUCCCAUGUUUUUGAUGUAAUCUAAUAAAGAUUUCUCUUUUUCCACCUA